AUGGCAGCAUGGCUCGAUCUGGUCCGCGAGGACGGCGUAUGGUCCUUGGUAGAUACCCAUCGCCUGGAAGAGCUGGUGAAAGAGAUGCCAUAUCCUAGCUGCCAGUAUCCCUGUCUGCUCUUGUUUGUGGGAAAUGCGAAUCGUAUGCGGGCAUUGCGGACUCUUUUCCCGCAAAACAAUGUCUCACGUCAAGGCCCAGCAGGCAUGGUCCGCCUUCAUCUCAGCGCCCGGACAGCUCAUACAGAGCAACCAAUUUUGUUCGCGGAGAGCGCUUUGUGUUGGGAAAAAUCUCUAGGCGACACAAAAUGGCUCAGGUAUGCCACGCAAAGGCACCAGAGGCACACACUGACUGAUGUCGGCGGUGAAUUGGUGCCCGCACGACUUCGCCAUCAAUUCGCUAGCCACGUGGUCAUGCCCUGGACGCAGAUGAUGUGUCUUUUUGUCGAUACGUCGGUCGACCUGAAAGCAGCCGGGGAACUGCUCCGACUCCCACGCAGACCGCUGGCGGUUGGGGACGAAUGUCUCUCCAAUGCGCUGCAUGUUGUGAUUGUGACCGAGAAAAUCCCCCCGGAAGACAUCGGGCGCCAAGUGAGUCUAUGGGAGCUCUCUCACGCCGAUAGACUCACUAUCUUGGAUUUACGUGAAAGGAGCCGGUGCUCCGAUGAUGUCGCCUUUGAACCCUUGCGUGGUCUCAUUUCGGACGGUCUUCCAGAGAUUUGGACCGCGCAGCAAUCAGACUAUCGACUAUUCUCGGCAUUGCACCUCGGCGCAUUCUGGAAGUUGAGCCUGCAACGCCCGCUGCACAUCCUUAACACCACGCCGUUGGAUCUGUUGGCUCACGCGCGACGCAAUUUUGCAAAACCCCGGAGUAUGCAUGAGUCUUUGUGCGAGGGUGUACGCUUGAUGCGAAUUGACGGCUACACCGAGGGAAAUAUUUACGGAGCCGUGGCGUCUGCGCUCCUCAUGGAUGCGUAUCCCCCGGGAAUGCACGGAUUUUCGCCGGCGGCUUUGAUGAAGAAGCUUUAUGGGGAGUGGUGGGCUGCAGAGCGGGCCGGCGAGAGACUUGGCCGCUACGGAUGCGUGUUGUCGCGAUUCAAGCAGUAUUUUGCGCAGGUCGGCCCGCUAAGAUCAUCGUCGAGCAUUCGGAAGACCACGCUCAACCGCCUCUAUCGCCAGGGCGGUGAGAACGCGCUGCGAUCCGCGGUUGUUUGUUUGGUUUGUCUAAGCCGGCCGCCCGAGCAUAUGCUGCCAUGCCGGCACGCCCUGUGCGACACGUGUGUCGUGAUCUUUGGGCAGCCCAGCGAGCUCGGCCUUUACCAUAUCAAUAUACCUGAAUGUCCUCUUUGUGGCUGCGAGAAUUAUGUUGUCAUCCGCCAACUGCCUCCUACCAAGGGCCCGUUGAUUCUCAGCUUGGACGGCGGCGGGGUGAGGGGUCUGUUGCAGCUGCGGCUCCUGCGGGCGCUAGAGGAGCGCAUCGGCCUGCCCAUCAAUUCACUUCCAGACCUUUGCGGUGGAACCAGUGUCGGAGCCUUGUCCGCCAUCAACCUCUUCCUCAACGACCGAUCGCUCGAUGAAUGCCUUGAUGUGUUUCCAAGCUUUGCGCAGAGAAUCUUCCGACGCGCGAGACUCCCGGUACCUCGCUGUUUUCGAUGGAUGAUGUCCGCGUUCAAUUUGCUGACAGGUGGCCUCUAUGAUUCUUCCGAGUUAUCGGGGGCGUUGAAGGAAGCCGUCGGCCCUGAACACCACAUGUUUGCCCCUGCCAGGACAUCCCCGGCAGGCUGUCGUGUGGCACUUGUGGCAAGUCGCACCUCGGAUGGCAAGGCAUGCGUUUUGGCCAAUUAUCGGGGCUGCGGCCAGCGUUGUGCAUCUGCUGCCUAUCGAUUUUUGGUAACGAACAGUCCGGAAGGUCCGUUGCUGGCUGAUGCGGCAAUGUGCAGCGUAGCGGCCCCAUUUUAUUUUCACACCACAACUUUGCCGGAGUUUGGGCCGUUCCAAGAUGGCGGGGUGCGCGCGAACAACCCGGUUGCGAUUGCCAUGCGGGAAACAAGCGUCAUCUGGCCGUCAUCCUCGACAUUCGACCUCAUCUUAUCUGUCGGAACUGGCUUCUCGCGGUCCUCGCACAGGCCUCAGUCGGGCCUAUUGGGGUGGCUUUGGGAAGGGGCCCUGCCUCGACUAUGGCGCGCGAUGAUGUCUUCCCCCUGUUUGGAUGGAACGCAAGGUUUUGCGGAAGCUUUGAACUAUUUCCCCACUGACUCACAUGACAGAAUCUUGCGACUAGAUCAGGAAAUCGACGGCCCAUUGCCUCAUCUCGACGAUGUGAGCGCGCUUCAAGAAUUCUCAAUGAUGGACUUCCCCGUGAGCGACCAUGUUGUUCGCAAGGUGCUCGCCAGGGGCAUGUUCUUCUUCGAGCUAGACGAUAUCCCCGUGCGGACCCAUGCCGGCUUCUCUUGCAAAGGCUCAGUGCUGUGCUCACGACCAGAAGCGGCUCCAAUCCUUGGCCGCGUUCUCGUUGAAUUUCCUCAUGCGUGGCUCCAGGUCAGUAACGGUCACAAGCUAGAAUGCCUGGACAUUGAGGACUGCUGUCUUACCUGUGGCCACUUCAGAAAAGGACUCUCUUUUGCUGUGUCUAGCCUAGAGGAGAGAUUCUCCAUUCAAAUAGCCAAUGACUGCCACAGCGAAACGAUCGGCGGUUUUCCCAAAUCGUUACUGGAGUUGCUCCAGGAGCAACAAGCCUUUGAUCAUUUUGGACGCGCGGACCACCAGAAUUCCGUCUGGCCACGUAUGCGCUCCUGCAAUUGUUUUCGUCGGAGUAAACGGAAGCUUCAAAUUGUGGAGCCUUCCGUGGCUAACAAAAAGCGACGCUUGUGA